AUUAAAAAUCAAGACACAAACCAGAUGCAACCGUUUCUUGACAUGGAGAACCAAACCCAUAAUGCGAUGGGAGCUUCUCCUUGUGAGGCCGAACUUCAGGAAUUAAUGGAGCAAAUUGACAUCAUGGUAAGCAACAAAAAAUUGGAUUGGGAAAGGAAAAUGCGGGCUUUGGAGACACGAUUAGAUCUUCGGGAUCAAGAGUUGGCAAAUGCACAAACAUGCUUGGAUCAGAAAGGCCAAGAGGUGGGCUUACUUAAGCAGAAGCUGGACAGUCUGGAAAAAUGUAACUUAGCAAUGACGCAAAAUUAUGAAGGACAACUGCAAACCCUAAAAGCUCAAUUUUCCAAACUGACGAAUAGCUUUGAGAAACUGAGACUACACCAGAUGAAACAAAGUAAAGUUCGGCGAAAGGAGUUACCGCACCUCAAAGAAGAAACACCCUUUGAACUGAGCAACUUGAACCAGAAAUUAGAGAAACAGGCACAAAGUUACCAAACUCAACUCAGCGGUAAAAAGCAGUGCUCAGAAGACAGCAGCUCAGAAGAUCCUCGGUUGAUGUGCGACCCGGAUCAUAGUUGCGAAGCCAGUGGAAGAGAUGAGUUCAUUAUUGAAAAACUAAAGUCAGCUGUGAGUGAAAUAGCAUUAAGCAGGAAUAAGUUACAAGAUGAAAAUCAGAAGCUCUUACAAGAACUGAAGAUGUACCAAAGACAGUGCCAGGCCUUGGAAGUAGGACUCUCAGAGGUGAAAAGUGAGUGACAGUCACGUGAUGAUCUCUUGAGAAUCAUAGAAAUGGAACGAUUGCAGCUGCACAGAGAAUUAUUUAAAAUAGGAGAGUGCCAAAAUAUUCAAGAAAGUGAAAAAAGACUUGAAUCAUCUUAUUCACCUUCUACUAAAGAAUCAGAAAGGAAGAGGAAAGAGCUGUUUUCAGUGAACCUAGAUCAACCAAAUCAUGAAAAAGAAUUGAACAAGAUAAGAAGGCAACUCUAUCAGGAGGAAGAGGACCACGGCUCUGAGCAGGAAAGAAUGAGGAACGAAAUCUCUGACCUAACCGAGGAGCUUCAUCAGAAAGAGAUCACUAUAGCAACUAUCAUGAAGAAAGCUGCCCUUCUGGAAAGACAGUUAAAAAUGGAGUUAGAAAUCAAAGAAAAAAUGUUAGCAAAACAACAGGUCUCAGAUAUGAGAUAUAAAGCUGUCCGAAUGGAAAACACACACCUGAAAGGAAUGAUGGGAGAUUUAGAUCCUGGACGGUACAUGGCUAUGGACUUCACUAACAUGGAACACUCAAGGCAUACAUUUAUUAACAAACUGGAACACGAGAAUGAAAGGCUCUGAAAUGAUCUUGCAAAACUUCGUGUCAAUGGCAAAUCAGCAUGGGCUAACCAAAAUAUCUAUGAGGAAAUGGGACAGUACACCUAUCAAAACCAAGUAAAAAUGGAAAAACAUGAAGAGUCUCCCCCAGAUAUAGUCUUUCCAGCCUCUCUGGCUGCACAGCAUUUCCUUCUGGAGGAAGAGAAACGAGCAAAAGAAUUUGAGAAACUUCUAAAUACGCAUAUUGAUGAACUGCAAAGACAUACAGAAUUUACUCUUAAUAAAUACACCAAGCUAAAACAAAAUAGACAAGUAUGAGCUUUUAAACUCUUUUAUUUUCUUCCCCCACCCCAAGAAAAAAAAGCUCUGGCAAAAUAUUUACAAAGCUGAAUAAUGAAACUGAGAAAUUUUGUUCUGUUUUCUUAAGAAAUCAUUUCUGUUAGGCAGCUAGAAAAUAUUUUGUUCGAUAAAGCUGUUUGUAUUUCUACAUUUACAUAGUAAAUUGUUUGGCUGCAGAGUAAUGAGAAAAUAAACGUUGACUACUCUAAAAGAGAUUUG